GGGGAACUGUCCUCAAACUGCACUCGGCUUCUCAGUGUGCACGAGGGAGGUACUUUUGUUCACAGUGAUUUGCGUAAACCGUGCGUGCAGCUCCGGAGCCUCGGUGUCUCACGCAACAGCACCACUGUCACUGGUCUUGCUUUUGUCGCAUACAACUGCAAGAUCUGUUUUUAGCGAGUCCGCGACGUGUAAAAACGGAAAGGCCUCCCUCUCUUUCUCUCUCUCUCUCUCCGUGUGCUAGCAGGCUAGUGAGUGUAACUCAUUGUCGCUUCGUUUUAUCGCGGGUUAGCGAUUUAUUUAUUCAUUUAUCGCUGAGGUGAGGUUUUAAUUUGGUCUUUCGCUAGCACCGAAUAAAGUAGCUCGCGUCGGUGAGUCUCCUGUCUGUGUGGGAAAGUUUCUGCCGGUCGUGCUAAUGGGCUUGCUGUCUCAAGGCUCCCCGCUUAACUGGACAGAAACCAAGAAAUAUGCCGACCAUGUCAGGAAACACGGCAUUCUGCAGUUUCUCAACAUCUACAACAAGGUGAAGGACAGGCAGAAGGAUGUGCUAAAAUGGGGAGAUGAGGUGGAGUACAUGUUGGUGGAGCUAGACGCAAAAAAUGAAAAGGCAUUUCUGGUUCUGAAUGGACACGAAGUUUUGGAGACGCUGCAAGAAAAGGGGGAAAUGGUCAACCCCAACCAUCCGACGCUGUGGAGGCCAGAGUAUGGCAGCUACAUGAUUGAGGGCACUCCAGGACAGCCUUAUGGUGGCACAAUGUCCGAGUUCAAUACUGUAGAAGACAACAUGGGCAAACGGAGGAAGGAGGCUUCUUCUGUGCUCACCGAGGAUGAGACUCUGUGCACAAUCACGUCAUUCCCCAGGUUGGGUUGCCCAGGUUUCACAAAACCUGAAUAUAGGCCGACACCUGUUGAAAAAGGGGUCAGCAAAUCCCUCUUUUUCCCUGAUGAGGCCAUCAACCAUCAUCCCCGGUUUAGCAAUUUGACCAGGAACAUUCGUCACAGAAGGGGGGAGAAGGUGGUAAUCAACGUACCAAUCUUUCAAGAUCAAAACACACCAACUCCAUUCGUGGAGAUAUUUCCAGAGGACGAUGGGGAGGCAGCGAGAGCAGCCCUUCCCGAUUGCAUCUACAUGGAUGCCAUGGGCUUUGGGAUGGGAAACUGCUGUCUGCAGGUCACAUUUCAAGCUUGCAGCAUCAGUGAGGCUCGAUAUCUGUAUGACCAACUGGCUACAUUCUGCCCCAUAGUGAUGGCCCUCAGUGCUGCUUCUCCCUUCUACCGAGGCUACGUCUCAGAUAUUGACUGCCGAUGGGGUGUUAUCUCAGCCUCUGUGGAUGACCGGACUCGGGAAGAACGAGGGCUGGAGCCUUUGAAAAAUGACAAGUUCAGGAUCCACAAAUCAAGAUAUGAUUCCAUUAACAGCUACCUUUCUUUUUGCGGGGAAAAGUACAAUGAUAUCGAGUUGACGAAGGAUGAUGACAUCUACAAUCAGCUCCUUGAUGCAGGCAUUGAUAAAUUACUGGCCCAGCACAUUGCCCACCUCUUUAUUCGUGACCCAUUGUCGCUCUUUGAGGAGAAGCUUCAUUUGGAUGAUGAGAAUGAAUCGGACCACUUUGAGAAUCUUCAGUCCACUAAUUGGCAGACCAUGAGGUUCAAACCACCUCCCCCGAAUUCUGACAUAGGAUGGAGAGUCGAGUUCCGGCCCAUGGAGGUUCAGUUAACUGACUUUGAGAACGCUGCAUAUGUUGUGUUCGUUGUUCUCCUUACACGAGUGAUCCUUUCCUACAAGUUAGACUUCCUCAUUCCCCUGUCGAAGGUUGAUGACAACAUGAAAGUUGCUCAGAAACGAAAUGCAGUGCAAGAAGGCCUUUUUUAUUUCAAGAAGGACAUUUUUAAAGGCUGCAAACCAUUCUUCGACUCAGCCUCCACAGCUGCACAGAAUGGUGUUGGGACUAAUGAAGAUCAUGAGGAGUACACACUGAUGAGCAUCGAUACAAUAAUUAACGGCAAGGAGGGAGUUUUCCCAGGACUUGUACCAAUUCUGAACUGCUAUCUGGAAAAUAUGGAGGUUGAUGUGGACACACGCUGCACCAUCUUGAACUACUUAAAGCUCAUUAAGAAACGAGCAUCAGGAGAGCUGAUGACCAUGGCAAAGUGGAUGAGGGAAUUUGUCGCUAAGCAUCCACAGUACAAGAAAGACAGCGUGAUAACUGACAAAAUAAACUAUGAUCUGCUUUCUAAGUGCGACCGAAUUGUCAAGGGGAAGGAGCAGUGCCCGGAACUGAUUGGUGACCCAGUGAAAAGAGGAAACUGAGACAGAAUGAGAAGACCACGUCAUGAAAGUCCUUUUUGCAUGAUAACUGAUGACCAAAAUGUUUAACAGGAAUACAGAAAAACAGUGUUCCAGACAAAUUCCAGACAAAUGAUUUGGACUAUAGAUUACAAGUCUCUGUCACAAUUGUUUGUUUCGUUUGUUUGUUUGUGUGUUUAAAUUUGUAUAUAUGGAAUUUUUAUGCUUCUCAGAAUCAAAAUUAUUUUAAUAACUUUAAGAUCAAUGUUAGUUGGAUCAGAUGUGUAUAUUUUAUUUUCGUUUCUGAGUAAAAGAGCCAGCUCUAAGUGUGUAUGUAAAUGUUGCAAAGAUUUGUACAUUAGUAAGUACUUUUCACUGGCAAAGCAUUCUAUACAUAUUGUUUUUUCUAUAAGUUAACAAGUUUACAUAACAAAACAUUGACUUGAUAGCUUCUGCUCCCAUAAAUUGUGUAACCUUGAAUGUUGUUAUACUUUGUGUUGAUUUUCUCCAUACGCAGUUUUGUUUUUACUUUGGGGAAGGUUGUGGCAUUUUACGCUCGUCAAUGUAAAAACCGCAUGUGGCUUAGUGGUUUGUGUUUGGUAUCAUGAUUGAGACCACUGUCAGUUGAUCCUAAAGACAAAAUGUGUCAGGCUAAAUCAACUCUCUUUAGAUUAUUAACUAGAUUUAUUUGUAGCUUGUAGUACUUUUUAUUUGGUGAUUGUAUUUUAGAUUCAUCCACUAGAGGAUGCACUUGACUCAAACACUGAAUGGAUUUGUAAAACCCUAUUUGGUCAAAGACUAAAAUAAGCUGAGCCUAUGCCCUAUUGGAGUACAUGGCUUUAAAUAAAGUGAUUGUUAAGCAAUUUUUUUUUACCUUUA